AUGCAUAAUCCUUCUUUUUUCUGUAACUACAACACUGAAAAUCUUUCAAAAAACUAUCAAGUUCAUUACAUGGAAGAUCAUCAACCUAUCGUUCGAUCGGUUUCCCAACAACAAAAGCCAUUUACCACUAAGGAUCAUGAAAGCUACUCAAAUCUAAAGAAUAUUAUAAAUGUGCAGAAAUCGUGCAGCUACAUUAAUGAUAACAAUUAUGUGGUCGUGGAAGAUAUGCCGAUGAGCAAGAGAUCUUCGAAGAAGGACCGGCACAGCAAGAUCAACACGGCUCGAGGCCCAAGGGAUCGAAGAAUGAGACUGUCUCUUGAUGUUGCUAAGAAGUUUUUUAGGUUACAAGACAUGUUAGGGUUCGAUAAGGCGAGCAAUACCAUCGAGUGGCUGAUAAUGAAGUCAAAACCGGCUAUUCGAGAUCUAGUAAUUUCCCAACAACAACAUUCCAACAGCCAGAGAGCUGCUAGCUGCAGCCUUAUAACAAGUUUAAACAACAGUACUGGUGCAUCUUCUGGUUCAGAUUGUGAAGUUCUCUCUGACGACAUUGAUGAUCAUGAUCAAGCAAGUGUGAUAAAUAAUGAAAAUUUGAUCAUCACUUGCCCAGCUGGCAGGAAGAGUAGUGGUAACAAAGAGACGAAGAAGAAGCAUAGAGGAGCUAGGAAAAGUGUGUACAUUGAUCAAACACUGGCUAAACAAACAAGGGAAAAGGCAAGAGAAAGGGCUAGAAAGAGAACCUUUGAAAAGAGGAAUUUAAAGUUUGCUGCUAGUAGUGAUACAAGAGUACUAAUUAGACCGAGUUUGGAUAAGGUAAUCGAUCAAAAUGCCAACCGAUUAGGGUCUUGGAUUCCCUUUGGUGAAAACCAACCUCAGACAACUACUACUGAUCAUCAUCAGCAACCCGAAUAUAUUCCAAGCAGCUCAUCCCAUAGUACUCAUCAGUUUAAGCAAGCAGGGAAUAUCGCUGGCGAAAAUUCGAUGUCAAAUAACUGGAUGCCAUCCAGCUUGUUCAAUUAUCACAACAUUAAUCCUAUUCCUGGAUCAUCUUCUCAUGAGGUAAUAUAA